AUGGCUACCGAAGAAGAUCUCAUCGACUACUCCGACGAGGAACUCCAGACCACUGAUGCAGCUGCUGCCUCAACUGCGCCAGCUGCCAACGGCGAUGCUGCUAAAAAGGGCGACCUGACUGUAGCUGGAGCCGGCGCCGACAAGAAGGGCAGUUAUGUUGGUAUCCAUUCGACCGGUUUCCGUGACUUCUACCUCAAGGCAGAGCUUCUACGCGCGAUCACCGAUUGCGGUUUCGAACAUCCAUCGGAGGUCCAGCAAGUUUGCAUCCCAACAGCUAUUCUCAAUGUCGAUGUUCUCUGCCAAGCCAAAUCUGGUCUCGGAAAGACUGCAGUGUUCGCCCUGACCACUCUUCAUCAGCUUGAGCCAGUUCCUGGCACUUGUUCUAUCUUGGUCAUGUGCCCUACUCGAGAGUUGGCCUACCAGAUCAAGGAUGAAUACGCAAGAUUCAGCAAAUAUAUGCCUGAUGUCAAGACUGCGGUGUUCUACGGUGGUACGCCAAUCCAGAAGGAUAUCGAGAUCCUCUCCUCCAAGGACACCCACCCCAACAUCAUUGUUGGUACUCCCGGCCGAUUGAACGCCCUUCUGAGAGACAAGAAACUCUCUCUACGCAAUAUCAAGGCAUUCGUUUUGGACGAGUGUGACAAGAUGCUGGACCAGAAAGAUAUGCGUGCCGAUGUUCAAGAGAUUUUCCGUUCCACGCCCGCUGAUAAACAAGUCAUGAUGUUUAGCGCCACCCUUGCCCAGGAGAUUCGUCCAAUCUGCAAGAAAUUCAUGCGAAACCCCCUCGAGGUGUACGUUGAUGAUGAUACCAAGCUGACCCUGCACGGUCUGCAACAAUACUACAUCAAGCUCAGUGAAACUGAGAAGAACCGAAAACUGAACGAGCUGCUUGACAACCUUGAGUUCAAUCAAGUUAUCAUCUUCGUGAAGAGCACCGUCCGUGCAACAGAGCUUGACAAACUCCUCAGAGAGUGCAACUUCCCCAGUAUUGCUGUUCACUCAGGUGUUUCCCAAGAAGAACGUAUCAAACGAUACCGCGAGUUCAAGGAAUUCAACAAGCGUAUCUGUGUCGCCACUGAUGUUUUCGGUCGUGGUAUCGACAUCGAACGAAUCAACUUGGCUAUCAACUAUGACAUGCCAAUCGACGCAGAUUCGUACCUUCACCGAGUCGGUCGUGCCGGUCGAUUCGGAACCAAGGGUUUGUCCAUCUCGUUCGUCAGCGAUGAGGAAAACCUGCAGGUACUGAAAGACAUUGAGAAGAGAUUUGAGGUUGCCCUUCCUGAAUACCCCGAGGAAGGUGUUGAUGCCAGCACUUACAUGGCAUAG